AUGUUAAAGGACCAACUAAAGUUUGCCGAUCCUAACAAUGCUAGAUCCAGAUCAUCCGUGCCUCCAACUUCAGAGGCAAUAUCUAUUAGUGAAGGGGAUUGUGGGUUCGGACUUGGUGACACUUCCAAUUUUGAGAGACCUAUUGGUAGGAAGGCCGAAAAGGCCAUCAGAAAGAAUAAAGCCAUCAGAAAAGAUGUUACAUCCAUGAAUCACUAUUUGUUUUGCAAGUUCCUUCUUGAUGACUUAAAUGAAGAUGAGAUAAUCGAAGAACUUGUUAUGGAAGCAUCAAAACCUAAGCGUUGCCGUCGUUCUAUCCAACGUAAUCAUUUGGUAGGCCAUGAGAGGCUUUUUCUUGAUUAUUUUGCUCCCACACCAAUAUAUCCACCCGCUUUAUUUUGUAGGAGAUUUCGGAUGAAGCGUUCUCUUUUUCUUCGUAUUCAAUCUCAAGUUGAAGCUCAUGACUCUUACUUUGUCCAAAAAAGAAAUAGUGCCAACAAACUUGGUUUAUCUUCAUUACAAAAGAUAACUGCUGCACUUAGAAUGCUUGUGUAUGGAGUAUCGAGUGAUUUGAUAGAUGAAUAUGUGCGGAUUGGAGAAACUACUGCAUUAGAAAAUUUGAAAAAAUUUGUUACUGUGGUAAUUGAUAUUUUCUUUGAAGAAUACUUGAGAAAGCCAAACAAUGAAGACAUUGCUAGACUGUUAGCUCACGGUGAACGUCGAGGUUCAAUUGUUGCUGAAGGACGUGCUCCUACAAUACAUUACUCAAUUCAUGGUCAUGACUACACUAUGGGAUAUUACCUUGCUGAUGGUAUAUAUCCAAAGUGGGCAACAUUUGUGAAAACAAUCCCAGCUCCACAAGGACAGAAGUAUAAAUUAUUUGCAGCAGCCCAAGAGGCGUAUAGGAAGGAUGUUGAGCGUGCAUUUGGAGUGCUUCAAGCACGUUUUGCAAUUGUUCGUGGACUUGCACGAUUUUUUCAUCUUGAAACACUCAAAAAGAUCAUGAAAGUGUGCAUAAUUCUCCAUAAUAUGAUUGUUGAAGAUGAGCGGGAUGAUAAUGAAGUGGUAGAUUUGGAUUAUGAACAAAAUGAUGGAAUGGAUAAUCCUCCUCUGCAAAUGUUACGUGAACAAAGUGAUGAAUUUUUGUCAUACAUUGAGAGGCAUGGACGCAUUAGAGACCGAGAAAUUGAUUUUCAACUCUAG